GGAACUCCAUGCUGCUGCGUGUCCUGCCUGCUCUGUACGAGAAGCGACCGCAGCCAAUAAACCUCCAUCUGCGGGAGCUGGUGGCACUGCUGGCUCAGCUGGACCAAGCCGAACACCACCACCUCCUCAGGCUCCUCCAGAGCGUGGCUAGGAAGAAAGAACUGGAGGCGGUGAAAGAGGGUAUUCCGCUUCUGUUUGGACACUUGAGAGACCCUAACCACAGUGACAUUAUUCUAAACAUACUUGUAGAAAUAUCUGGCUAUGAACCAACAGCCUUAGCCACUUUUCUUCCGACGCUAAAAGAAAUUGCUGAGAGUUAUCCAAGCUUGAUUGGGCAAACGGCAAAGAUCUUUGGAGCUGUUGGGCACAUUGAUGAAGAGCGAGCCAGAAUAUGCCUGAUGUAUUUGGUGAACCAGCUGGCCAACAUGGAGCACUCAUUUCACCAUAUUCUUUUACUGGAAAUUAAGAGUCUCACUGACACCUUCGCCAGCAUCUUGGGCACCCAGAGCAGAGAUAUCUACCGCAUGAGCAACAGUUUCUCUGCCAUAGCCAAGCUCCUCGUCCGACAGCUAGAGAACAACAACGCGUCAGCAGCCAGGCUGGAAAAUGAUGCUGAAACAGAAUCUCCUGUACCACUGGAUGAUUUAAAAUCUGUUAUGAAUGGAAAUGAAGAAGAUGAAAAGCUUCAAGUUAAAAUACAGGCUUUUGAAGAGAAAAUAAAUGUCGACAACAGUACUCCUGGCUCGGUGCGGAGAUACAGUUUAGGCCAGGUUUCUAAAGAAGAAAGGAGGGAUAUGAGAUUUAACAGGUCCAAAAGCCUCGCUUUGCAUGCAGUCCGCAUGAAGGGGGUAAACUCAGAGAGCGGACAGGACGAGGAGAACGGGGAGAUAACCGCUGGUAUCUCCUUCACCGAGAUCUACAUUAGCCAAGAAAAUGACAAAUUGCCUUUUGGUGUCGAUGCUGAAGCAAUGCAACUGGGAAAUUCUUUGGUUUCACACCAAAGUAUCAAUUACACAGAAUCAGCAAAUUUGCCAGAAUCUGCUAAAGAAAAGGCCCUCAAAGGGAGCGCAGAGGCAGGGAUGAGCCCCGUGGAAUACCAGGACAAGCUCUACUUGCACUUGAAGGAAAAUCUGGGUAAAGUGAAAGCAUAUGUCAUGGAGAUGGGGAGGAAAAUUCCUAUCCCCGAUCAGUGUGUUAUUGAAGAUACUGUUAGAAGUUGCGUGGCAAAGCUGUUCUUCAGCUGUCCCCUGAAGGGCCAUUACUGCCUGUACAGUAAAUCCAGUUUUACCCUCAUCAGCCGGCAGCCUCCGCUGUGGAUCCAUAUCAUGUUCCUCUUCCAGCAGAGCUUGCUUGCAGAACCUUUGUCCAUACAGAGUAAUUCUGUGCAAGUCCUUAAGGCCCUGUGGGAGAAGACACAGCUCAAGGGGACACACAGUUUUGAAACUGCCAUGAUCCAGUCUACAUUUCCACACCAAAAGGACCUGGACCACGUGCAGAUGCACCUGGAAGAAGUGAGGUUCUUUGAUUUAUUCGGCUACAGCGAGGAAGCGGGAACUUGGCAGUGCUUCAUGUGCAAUAACCCUGAAAAGGCAACAGUGGUAAAUCAGGAUGGCCAACCUCUGAUUGAAGGCAAGCUUAAAGAGAAGCAAGUCCGGUGGAAGUUUAUCAAAAGGUGGAAAACUCGCUACUUCACUCUGGCUGGCAACCAGCUGCUUUUUCGGAAAGGAAAAUCCAAAGACGACCCCGACGACUGCCCCAUUGAGCUUAGCAAGGUGCAGAGCGUUAAAGUGGUGCCAAAGAAGCGCAGGGACCGCAGCCUGCCCCGGGCCUUUGAGAUCUUCACCGACAACAAGACCUAUGUUUUCAAGGCCAAAGACGAGAAGAACGCCGAGGAAUGGCUUCAGUGCAUCAACGUCGCUGUCGCGCAGGCUAGAGAGCGGGAGAGCCAAGAGGCCACCACCUACCUGUAG